AUGACCACUACAGUAGUGCCAACCACCACGGUAGUGCCCUUGACAACCACCUUUACUCCUCCCUCCUCAUGCCUCAGUGAUAUCUACGUGGGAAGCAGCGCCGUCUCUGUGUCUGGAUCAGUAACCGGUGUAAACACCUGGUUCAAGCUCGGUCCAGCCACUCCUUCGAUCUGCCUGCCGCCGGACUGGAGCGCCAGUUCUUAUUACUCGCCGGGGAUAUGUCCCAGCGGAUACAGCGUUAACUGCAGCACAGCUAUACCGAUUGAUAGCGCUGCCACCGAGAUCCUUGCCACAUUGGCUACUGGUGUCAAACAGAAACCUCUUAUCCAUGGUACACCGAGCAGUGUACCUGGAACGCCCCCGCGAACAUACAAACUGUACACUACGAAUGGAACAGUGGCGACUUCCACAGCAUCAGUCGGUAGUACGGGCGGAUUCAAUGCAUACGGAGUGUCCAUCCGUUAUCUGACAACGGGCUUGACUCCUGCGACGGUGUCGGCAACAGCAACAGCAACAGCAACAGCAAGUACAACAAGCUCUGGUCUCUCCGCUGGAGCGGACGCAAGGAUCGGUGUGGGCGUCGCGGUCGCUGUGCUGAUCCUUGCGCUGGCAGGAUGGUGGUGGUGGAGGAGGGUUCAUACGAGAAAGGCUGAGCUGGGGGAACUGCCCCAAUCGGAGCCUAUGCUGCCCCCAAGUGCCCCGAAGACUGAGCUGGGAGGUGCCCCUAAGACAGAGCUACAAGGCACCCCUAAUGCUGAGCUGGCAGCCAUCCCUGUCGCAGAGCUGCCUACAAACUAGACAUAAGCAGUGUGCUAUUUGUUAAUCACUUGGUCCUCCCGGAGAGCAAAACUCUCCUUCUCCAAGCAGAAGUCUGUCUUGACUAUGGUUCUAUUCUCUUUGCAGACAGCAGAUAAGAACGUUUCCUGGC